AUGAAAGAAAUAUCCCAGAUAUAUGGACUUUACACAAAAGUGAGUAUGGCGACAUGACGACCAAACACAUUCCAAAAUAUCUUACGUUUUUAUACGAGUGUAUCAUUUCUUUUCUUUUAGUGUUUAAACUCGUAUGAUUCAUCCCAAAUAAGGUGAACCGGAGUUCGGAAAAUUUUUUCUUGUGGAAUCCGGAAUACGAGAAGUUUUCUUGUAGGAUCCGGAAUCCUGGGCUUUGGAAUCCGGAAUAUAGCUUAAGGAUUCCGGAAUACCACUAAUGGUUGGAAUCCGGAAUCCGAUUCCACUGACAAGGAAUCCGGAUUCCACAGCGUGGAAUCGGGACUCGAAGACUGUCUUGGAUUACCUCACAUUGGGCGAUAUGAUAAGAAGAGAUGUCCAGUGAUAAUACGACUUAGUACAACUUGACAACUGAAAUGUUUGUAUUACUGUGUCAAGCAAAGUUCGUGAAAUGUUUCUUUGAAUUGACUUUUUAUAUCACAUUCUUUCUUAAAAUUUUUAAAACCUAGUAUUAAUCAGAAAAAAACAUUAUUCUUAAUUUCGUUUCUAAGUAUUGUCAAUCCUAAAUAACCAACAAAAAAAACGGUUAUCUUUCAGUCCUUCUUGGAUCUGCAAUACUCUUUCUUGGAUGUUUGUGAAGAUGACUUAAAGAAAAGUAAAGAAAACAUAGAUGAAGUACCACGAAAGAAACUCAAAACUAGUGGUGCCUAA